GUGUGUUGGCCGAUUAGUGAUGACCACCACGUCUGAGCCGUACCGAGGGCCGUAGGGGAUUGAGUCGGGAGAAGGUCUGUGAGAAGUUCUAGCGGCUUGUCAAGGCGCGGCACAAUAGCUGGAAGAGCGUGCCGUGCUUGCGGACGAACAAAACAGGCAAAACUCAUACCGCAAACCCGGAUUGCGCCUUGGGGCGUUUGGCCCUAGAGGCGACAUUAGUGGACAAGCUAUAGAUGUGGUGAGGGCAGGAGAUGAGAGUCAUGUCCACCACCCAUUACGACUCUUCUGUGUGAAACUGGUGGGCAAAAAAGGGUCCGGCCUCCCCUCCCCGAGAGGGUCCUUUCCGUGCACCCCAUGAAAGGUCCGAGACCAAUUUGAAGGUUGAGAAUUGAUUCGAGCAGAGAGCGCCCGAAAAAUCGUCGUAUCCGCCGCAGGGAGUCAUCAUGUCAGUGCCAUGUCGCAAGUCGCCCCAGGGCCAAUCCCUCGGAGGACUGGUCAAGAACGAGGGCGGUGUCCACCCACGGACACCUCCUAGUAACGGCCGUCACCCCUUCUCGGACGUCAGGACCAGAGUCGCCACCUGCUUUGCGACUCGCCAGAAGAAUCGGAGAGACCGUGACUGCAUGUCGUCAGGGAUGCGGUGAGCUUUCGAUCUCAGGUGAUCUUGGGGGUUGCUUGGGUGAAGGGAGAGCGUGAGAGGGGUAGCUUCUCGAUGGGGCUGCAGCGGUGGCAACGGAAUGCAAGACAGUUGGUAUGCAACCGUAGGCAAGGGAAGCCGACCAACGAUCUGCUGGAGGAAGGCAAAGGUGGUAAGGAUACAAGAGGAGGCAAAAAAAAACAGGAGAGGACCACCUUCAAGUCUGAU